AUGCAAACGACGUCACAAGUACAAAGCGAUACGAUCUCUACUGCCUUAGCUGCGGUAACAGAACAACUCGCGACUCUAACGACGGUCUUAACAACUCGCUUGGCCCCUCCAGCCCAGCCGGUCGUUCACGACCCACUCCAACCCGCGCACCUUCAUCCUCCGCCACCAAUUCUCCAGCAACAACAACUCCCACCUGUUCACCCUCCUCGCCAACACCAACAUCGAUUACAAAACCAAUACCAGUUCGGUGAUGUUCGAGCUCAGGAUAUGUACGAAGAAGAGGAAGAAGAUCAUAGACGAGUUUAUCGAGAAGACAUACGACAACGAGAUAUCAUCAACAAUCGAUGGGAAAACAGCUUUAAGGUUGACAUACCUGAAUUUCACGGAGGUCUUAAAGGUGAUGAUCUUGUUGACUGGUUGAUCUCUGUUGAAGAAAUUCUUGACUUUAAGCAAGUUCCUCCUCACCGGCGGGUCUCUCUUGUUGCUAUGCGUUUUCGUGGACACGCCGCGACAUGGUGGAAACAACUCAAAACAACUCGUUCACGCACGGGAAAAACUCCAAUCCAGUCGUGGGACAAGCUCACCAAACACUUGCGCCAAACCUUCUUGCCGCACAACUACGAACGCACCAUGUAUACCAGACUGCAGAAUCUUCGUCAACGAUCACGCACCGUAGAUGAAUACGCAGAAGAGUUUGCUUUGUUGUUAACUCGUAAUGAGAUUAAUGACAGUCAAAUUCAACUGGUCUCGCGUUUUAUUGGAGGUCUCCGACCUCAACUACAGACGGCAAUGGCCCAGUUCGAUCCUUCGACUAUCGGUGAAGCUCAUCGUCGUGCAGCAUCUUUUGAACAACAAUCUCGGUCGGCUAACUGGAGUGCUUCCUCUACACGCCCGCGGUCUCAAGACCAGACAGCCAGCACUACACCUUCUCCGUCAGCAAAAGACGUUGCAGAUGCUACCACGUCGGCAACAAAACCUGCGGCACAAGACGAGCAACAGCUUCGCCGUUCAACGCGACCAAACACAGUGCGUUGUUACUCUUGCGGAGAACCAGGUCACAGGAUAAAUGCUUGUCCUCAUGCCUCGCGAAGAGGAUUAGUACUCGAUGAUUCCAUCGAUGAAGUGUAUGAUUCUCAGGAAGAAGAAGACCAAGAAGAUGCCUCCAACGUCCAUCACACGUCUGGCGAUAGUGGUCGGCUCCUGAUUCUUCAUCGAUCUUGUCUAGCACCACAAAAAAAAGACGACAAGUGGUUGAGAACAAAUAUUUUUCGUUCCACUUGUACCAUUAACGACCGCAUCUGCAACUUUAUCAUCGACUCGGGUUGUUGUCGUAAUGUCAUCUCUGCAGAAGCAGUAAGAAAAUUGGGCAUUCCCACAGAAUCUCACCCGGCACCUUACUCGUUGGGAUUGUUCCCGGCGCUACUCUCCCUAACCGGCCUCACUACCGUAUGA